AUGAGUGGGAACCCAGAUGUGUUGGAGUACUACCGAAACAAGACCUCAAAGAAGCCCAUCCGCACCAUCGACCUGAGAGAGUGUGAGGUUCAGAUGCAGACGGAGCAACGCCUGGUCAAAAGGGAGUUCCAGAACCAGCACCUCUUUGUUGUCAAGACGUCGUCUCGCCUGUUCUACCUGGUGGCCAAGACUGAGGAGGAGAUGAACAGUUGGGUCAGUCAGAUCAGGGAGAUCUGUCACUUUGGACCUCUGAGUCUGGAUGAUGGGACAGGUAAGGAACUGGCACAGAAAAACGGUUCAUUACAGUUAGAGUUUAAGCGCCUUGGGUGUGAGAAAUGCGCUUUACAAAUUAAAUGAAUGAUUAGUAUUAGUUACAAAAUUACAUUUAUGUGUUCAAUUUCUACAAAGAAUAUGGAUAAACAUUGAUAUUCAACUUUUGUUGGAGGCUUUCAUCCCAUGACUGAGUAGGCAUGUAGGCAUGUUUAGUGAACGCUGUUUAUAUUCAAGACUGAGAUAACAUACCAUUUAGGUGAUAAUCUGAUGAUGACUGGUAAAUCAAUGAGUGGACAAUAUUAAUUUGUCAUGUGCAGUUUUGCAUUGCAUUUAAAGGAGAUGUUUAAAUUAGAUGUGUUUAUUCUCAUUACUGCUGCAGGACAAGUGUGAUACUGCCUCUAAAGUGUUGGGCCGUUACAAGUUCCUGGGCUCAAGAAAUUUACUGAUGUCACUUACGCAAUGACAUUGAAAUAUGAUAUGAUAUAUGAUUUAUUGAUGGUAAACUAUUUUAUGAAUAGUAUGAGCAGAAUAUAUUUUAUUUAAGCUUUAUUUAACUAGGAAAUACUCUGGAGGUUAUAACCUGUUUUGCAAAGGGACCCUGAUGUACAGUGCAUUCGGAAAGUAUUCAGACCCCUUGACUUCUUCCACAUUUUGUUACGUUACAGCCUUAUUCUAAAAUGGAUUAAAUCGUUUUUUUUCCACUCAUCAAUCUACAAACAAUACCCCAUAAUGACAAAGCAAAAACAGGUUUUUAGACAUUUUUGCAAAUGUAUUACAAAUAAAUAACUGAAAUAUGACAUUUACAUAAGUAUUCAGACCCUUUACUCAGUACUUUGUUGAAGCACCUUUGGCAGUGAUUACAGCCUCGAGUCUUCUUGGGUAUAAGCUUCGCACACCUGUAUUUGGGGAGUUGUCCUGUUGGAAGGUGAAUCUUCGCCCCAGUCUGAGGUCCUGAGCGCUCUGGAGCAGGUUUUCAUCAAGGAUCUCUUUGUACUUUGCUCCGUUCAUCUUUGCCUCAAUCCUGACUAGUCUCCUAGUCCCUGCCGCUGAAAAACAUCCCCACAGCAUGAUGCUGCCACCACCAUGCUUCACCAUAGGGAUGGUGCCAGGUUUCCUCCAGAUGUGACGCUUGGCAUUCAGGCCAAAGAGUUGAAUCUUGGUUUUCAUCAGACCAGAGAAUCUUGUUUCUCAUGGUCUGAGAGUCCUUUAGGUGCCUUUUGGCAAACUCCAAGCAGGCUGUCAUGUGCCUUUUACUGAGGAGUGGCUUCCGUCUGGCCACUCUACCAUAAAGGCCUGAUUGGUGGAGUGCAAAGCUGUCAUUAAGGCAAAGGGUGGAUACUUUGAAGAAUCUCAAAUAAAACAUAUACAUUAGACCGGUGGAAAUGUGUCCUUUGUUCUGGAGUCCAAAUUGAAAAUUUUUGGUUCCAACCGCCGUGUCUUUGUGAGACGCAGUGUGCGUUAACGGAUGAUCUGCGCAUGUGUAUUUCCCACCGUAAAGCAUGGAGGAGGAGGUGUUAUGGUGUGAGGGUGCUUUGCUGGUGACACUGUCUGUGAUUUAUUUUGAAUUCAAUGCACACUUAACCAGCAUGGCUACCACAGCAUUCUGCAGCAAUACUCCAUCCCAUCUGGUUUGGGCUUAGUGGGACUAUAAUUUGUUAUUCAACAGGACAAUGACCCAACACACCUCCAGGCUGUGUAAGGGCUAUUUUACCAAGAAGGAGAGUGAUGGAGUGCUGCAUCAGAAAAGCAGCCAACAAGUGCUCAGCAUAUGUGGGAACUCCUUCAAGACUGUUGGAAAAGCAUUCCUGCCCCACCUGCCCUGAAUGACGCGUCACCACUGUCAAGGAUGAUCAAUGGAAACAGGAUAUACCUGAGCUCAAUUUCGAGUCUCAUAGCAAAGGGUCUGAAUACUUACGUAAAUAAGGUAUUUCUGUUUUGUAUCUUUAAUAAAUUAGCACAAAAAAAAAAUGUCAUUAUGGGGUAUUGUGUGUGGAUUGAUGAAUAUUUUUAAAAAAUGUAAUCCAUUUUAGAAUAAGGCUGUUAAGUCACAAAAUGUGGAAAAGGGGAAGGGUCUGAAAACUUUCCUAAUGAUAGACACACAAAGACGUAUGCACACACCUACCUCAAUGUUGUAGCAAUAAUCAAAUCAUUUUGCAGAGAGCUUCUGAGUGUUACAGUUUUUUUCAAUCGCUUUGAUGCAUUUUUCACUAGUGUGUGGUACAACUCUUUGUACAACAAUCUAAACAGAUAAUCAAAAUUGGUCAUGUUUCAAAACUCAUUUUCAAUUGACUAAGUACAGAUGUAGGAACUUAAUUUGAUCACCCUGUUGCAGGAUAACGUUCCUACAAUGCAGGACAUUUAAAACUUGUUGUGUAUUUGAAUUUUAAAAAGGCUUCUGAAGUUUGUAAUUUCUACUUAAACAUUUCUGACUUUAUUUUCCCUUACAAAAAAUGUAUCAACCCCUACAAAGAUGUUCAUGAAUUAUAAUCCACAUAACAAUUCACAUUUCCUGUUGCUAGAGGAUUAUUUUCCUGCUUAGCAAACUGGCUCAAAUUAAGAUCCUACAUAUGAACAACAAACAAAUUCACAAAGUCACUUGCUCACUGCACCAAAUAACUCUUUCAAUAUUCAAUCCAAGUAUUUUCUUUUCACAAUGCAAUAUUCACAUUACUUUUGAUAUGAUUGUCUUGUCAUUUUGUUAACAGUCACUUAAUCAAACGGCUCAAAACAGAUAACUACUGAACCAAAAUUAUACAAUGCCUAGUUUACGUACACUGAACAAAAAUAUAAACGCAACAUGUAAAGUGUUGGUCCCAUGUUUCAUGAGCUGAAAUAAAAGAUCCCAGAAGUGAUCCAUAUGCACAAAAAGCUUAUCUCUCUCAAAUUUUGUGGACAAAUUUGUUUACAUCCCUGUUAGUGACAAUUUCUCAUUUGCCAAGAUAAUCCAUCCACCUGACAGAUGUGGCAUAUCAAGAAGCUAAAAUGUGCAGUUUUGUCACACAACACAAUGUCACAGAUGUCUGAAGUUUUGAGGGAGUGUGCAAUUGGCAUGCUGACUGCAGGAAUGUCCACCAGAGCUGUUGCCAGAUAAUUGAAUAUUCGUUUAUCUACCAUAAGCCGCUUCUAACAUCGAUUUAGAGAAUUUGGUAGUACGUCCAACCAGCUCACAACCACAGACCCCGUGUAACCACGCCAGCCCAGGACCUCCACAUCCGGCUUCUUCACCUGUGGAAUCGUCUGAGACUAGCCACCUAGACAGCUGAUGAAACUGGGUUUGCACAACCGAAUAAGUUCUGCACAAACUGUCAGAAACCGUCUCAGGGAAGCUCAUCUGCGUGCUCGUCGUCCUCACCAGGGUCUUGACCUGACUUCAGUUCGGCGUCGUAGCUGACUUCAGUGGGCAAAUUCUCAUCUUCGAUGGCCACUGGCACGCUGGAGAAGUGUGCUCUUUACGGAUGAAUCCUGGUUUCAACUGUACCGGGCAGAUGGCAGACAGCAUGUAUGGCGUCGUGUGGGCGAGCUGUUUGCUGAUGUCAACGGUGUAAACAGAGUGCCCCAUGGUGGAGGUGGGUUUAUGGUAUGAGCAAGCAUAAGCUACGGACAAUGAACACAAUUGCAUUUUAUCGAUGGAGAUACCGUGAUGAGAUCCUGAGGCCCAUUGUCGUGCCAUUCAUCCGCCACGUUGCGUUUAUAUUUUUGUUCAGUGUAUAAAGUUUGAUAACUGCUGAACACUGUACAACUCUAUAUUUUUACAUAAAUGUAUAAAUUGACAUCAAUUUACAUUGGAAGGUCAAAACCAAAUCAUAUAUGGAUGUGGCUGUAAAUACUUCGUCAUAACCCUCCAUCAACCAGUGUGCUUCAAUUGUACAAAGUGGAAAGUCACUCUAUGUGCUACAAUUAGGAAUUAAUCCAAUCAAAUCUAAUCAAAGUGUAUUGGUCACGUACACAGUUUAGCAGAUAUUAUAGCAGGUGCAGCGAAAUGCUUGUGUUACUAGCUUCUAACAAUGCAGUAAAAUGUCAAACAAGUACACAAAUAAUCAAAAACUAAAAUCAAGAAAUCAAGAAAUGUCAGAACGAAUCCAAUUAACAACCCAAAUAACACUUUGUCAGUAAUCCAAACGCAAUCUAUGCGUAUAUACACCAAAAAGGCCCCGUGUAGCUCAGUUGGUAGAGCUUGGCGUUUGCAACGCCAGGGUUGUGGGUUCGUUUCCCACGGGGGGCCAGUAUGAAAAAAAAAUGUAUGCACUCACUUAACUGUAAGUCGCUCUGGGUAAGAGCGUCUGCUAAAUGACUAAAAUGUAAAUGUAAAAAGAUAUACUAAGAAUUAUAUGUACAGCAGUAGAUUUAUUACAGUGAGCUAUGUCAAGAAUCCAGCAUAUAAAUAGACGGUGUAUAUAAACAGUAUAACAAAAAUGCAAUGUACACUAGUAGAUACAGUAUAUUAGAAUGAGUUAUGUCGAGAAUAAAGUAUUUAAAUACACAGAGUGAAAAACAGUAUAAAAGAAACGGGAAGUGUCCAGUCAAUGCACUGCUGAAAUACCUGGGUUGCAUAUAACAAUAUAUUCCACUCAUUAUCUGAAUUUCAUUGAUACACUGUAAGCUGAUGUAUUUUGUCAAGCAGAGAGACAGGUGAUACUGUAUCAGUUGAAAAGUCAAAUAGAAAAGGUGAUCUACACCAAUAACUUUUUACUGUAGGCUACUGCUUUACAAUACAUUAUACCCCUAUAUCGUAUGAUUUCUUCUACGUACAGUGCCUUCAGAAAGUAUUCAGACCCCUUGACCUUUUCCACAUUUUGUUACGCUACAGCCUUAUUCUAAAAUGGAUAAAAUAAAAUAAAAAACUCAGCAAUAUACACACAAUACCCCACUAUGACAAAGUGAAAACAGGUUUUUAGAACAUUUUGGCAAAUGUAUUAAAAAUAAAAAACAGAAAUACCUUAUUUACAUAAGUAUUCAGACCCUUUGCUAUGAGACUCGAAAUUGAGCUCAGGUGCAUCCUGUUUCCCACAGGUCCCACAGCUGACAGUGCAUGUCAGAGCAAAAACCAAGCCAUGAGGUCGAAGGAAUUGUCCAUAGAGCUCUGAGAUAGGAUUGUGUUGAGGCACAGAUCUGGGGAGGGUACCAAAAAUGUCAGCAGCAUUGCAGGUCCCCAAGAACACAGUGGCCUCCAUCAUUCUUAAAUGGAAGAUGUUUGGAACCACCAAGACUCUUCCUAGAGCUGACCGCCCAGUCAAGGAGGUGACCAAGAACCUGAUGGUCACUCUGACAGAGCUCUAGAAUCCUCUGUGGAGAUGGGAGAACCUUCCAGAAGGACAACUAUCUAUGCAGCACUCCACCAAUCAGGUCUGUAUGGUAGAGUGGCCAGACAGAAGCCACUCCUCAGUAAAAGCACAUGAUAGCCCAUUUGGAGUUUGCCAAAAGGCACCUAAAGACUAUCAGACCAUGAGAAACAAGAUUCUCUGGUCUGAUGAAACCAAGAUUGAACUCUUUGGCCUGAAUGCCAAGCGUCAUGUCUGGAGGAAACCUGGCACCAUCCCUACGGUGAAGUAUGGUGGUGGCAGCAUCAUGCUGUGGGGAUGUUUUUCAGUGGCAGGGACUGGGAGACUAGUCAGGAUCAAGGCAAAGAUGAAUGGAGCAAAGUACAGAGAUAUCCUUGAUGAAAACCUGCUCCAGAGCACUCAGGACCUCAGACUGGGGGCGACGGACAGCACAACGACCCUAAGCACACAGCCAAGACAACGCAGGAGUGGCUUCAAAUCAAAUCAAAUCAAAUUGUAUUUGUCACAUACACGUGUUUAGCAUAUGUUAUUGCGGAUGUAGCGAAAUACUUGUGCUUCUAGCUCCGACAGUGCAGUAAUAUCUAACAAAUAAUAUCUAACAAUUUCACAACAUACUGUAUACCCAAAGCACAAAUCUGGUAAGGAAUGGAAUUUAUGAAUAUAUACAUAUAUGGACAAGCAAUGACAGAGCGGCAUGGACUAAGAUACAGUAGAAUAUUAUAGAAUAUAAUACAGUAUAUACAUAUGGGAUGAGUAGUGCAAGAUAUGUAAACAUGAUUAAAGUGAAUAGUGUUCCAUUUCUUAAAGUCUCCUGAGUGGCGCAGUGGUCUAAGGCACUGCAUCGCAGUGCUAGCUGUGCCACUAGAGAUCCUGGUUCGAAUCCAGGCUCUGUCGUAGCCGGCCGUGACCGGGAGACCCAUGGGGCGGCGCGCAAUUGGCCCAGCGUCGUCCAGGGUAGGGGAGGGAAUGGCCGGCAGGGAUGUAGCUCAGUUGAUAGAGCAUGGCGUUUGCAACGCCAGGGUUGUGGGUUUGAUUCCCACAGGGGGUAUGAAAAAAAUUAUAAUAAUGUAAGUCGCUCUGGAUAAGAGCGUCUGCUAAAUGACGUAAAUGUAAAUGUAAAGAGGCCAGUGAUUUCAAUAGGCAGCAGCAGCCUCUAAUGUGCUACUGAUAGCUAUUUAACAGUCUGAUGGCCUUGAGAUAGAAGCUGUUUUUCAUUCUCUCGGGACAAGUCUCUGAAUGUCCUUGAGUGGCCCAGCCAGAGCCAAGACUUGAACCCGAUCUAACAUCUCUGGAGAGACCUGAAAAUAGCUGUGCAGCAACGCUCCCCAUCCAACCUGACAGAGCUUGAGAGGAUCUGUAAAGAGGAAUGGGAGAAACUCCCCAAAUACAGGUGUGCCAAGCUUGUAGCGUCAUACCCAAGAAGACUUGCUGCUGUAAUCGCUGCCAAAGGUGCUUCAACAAAGUACUGAGUAAAAGGUCUGUAUACUUAUGUAAAUGUAAUAUUUCCAUUUUUUACUUUUUAUCAAAAAUCAAUAAAAACCUGUUUUUGCUUUGUCACUAUGGGGUUUUGUGUGUAUAUUGAUGAGGAGGAAAAACAAUUUAAUCAAUUUUAGAAUAAGGCUGUAACGUAACAAAAUGUGGUAAAAGUCAAGGGGUCUGAAUACUUCUGAAGGCACUGUAUGUACUGUAAGGAUAAUGCCACUGUAAGACACAUUUUUCUCAACAUGCUCCAAACUUACAUAGGAUACAAACAAAUUAUAUAAAAAGAAUGGUUUGCCAUGAACUAUAACAUUUUGAAAAAACAUAUAGUAAAGCAGUGGACAGUGCUGCAGUAAAAUCUGACUUAUUUUACCCAAUUCCGUUACUAGCUAUCUUUCUCUGUGAAACUCAUAGUGCCAUAGACAUUACAACUCUCUACAUGCAUGCAAGUUCAGCCAGGGUGAUGCUUGAACAGUUAGAGGGGGAUGCUUGAACACUUAGAAACCAUGCUCAUGUCUCAUCCACAGCUCUCCCCCUGGUUUGGAGUUAAUAAGAGUUGGCAGUUGGAACAUUUAGUAAAACAUUGUUGUCUGUAUGGAGCAGAUAGGGCAGACUACAUGAUAUCCAGACAAAGAGAAGAGAUUAUAGCUCAGAGGAACAGUAGCAAAACCCAGGCUUACACAUAACUGGGAAAGAUAACACAACGUCAGACAUUCAGUCAAUGAUAUCCUGAACUUGUUGACUAUUCAGGACACAAAAAAAGAAGAAAAUCCUAAAUGUAUGUGAACGUAAUUCCAUCCAUUGUGAAAGAAACACGAGAUACUGCCACAAUUAUUUAUUUGUAUCUGCAGUUUCAUGUGCUGAAAAAAUAACAAGUUUAUGCUCUGCCCUGAUGUUACAGUAUGAGUCUUAUAAAUACAUAACUAAUUAGAGCAUUCAAUAUUCAAAGAUGAGUUAUUUCUGAAAAUAUAUAUUUUUUAAAUGUUAGUGUAUAUCAUUGUCUGUAGAAAUAUAAAUACACAAAGUGUUUAUAGAUCAAUCCCAUAUUAUUUCCCCCAUACUGAUACCCAUACUGUGUCUUUAUAACUAUAAUGAACUCAGUUACUGAAAGCCCAGCAGAGAUGAUUACCAGUGAUUAAGUGAAAUACUAGUUAAGCAACGUGUGAAUGAUGAUUACAUGGAUGUUUCCCCUUAUACAGUGCUAUGAAAAAGUAUUUGCCCCUUUCUAAUUUUCUCUACUUUUGCAUAUUUGUGAUACUGAAUGUUAUCAGAUCUUCAACCAAAACCUAAUAUUUGAUAAAGGGAACAUAAGUGGACAAAUAACACAACAAUUACAUAUUUAUUUCAUAAACAAAGUUAUGCAACACCCAAUUCCCCUGUGUGAAAAAGUAAUUGCCCCCUUACACUCACUCCCCAAACUAUCACACCACCACCACCAUGCUUGACCUUUGGUAUGAUGUUCUUACUGUGGAAUGCAGUGUUUGGUUUUCACCAGGCAUUACUGGAACCAUGUCGUCCAAAAAGUUAUACUUUUGAAUCAUCUGUCCAUAGAACGUUCUUCCAAGAGUCUUGAUGAUCAUCCAGGUGCUUUUUGGCAAACUUGAGUCAACUUUUUGGACGAGAUGGGUCCCAUUAUGCCUGGCGAAAACCAAACACUGCAUUCCACAGUAAGAACAUCAUACCAAAGGUCAAGCAUGGUGGUGGUGGUGUGAUAGUUUGGGGAGUGAGUGUAAGGGGGCAAUUACUUUUUCACACAGGGGAAUUGGGUGUUGCAUAACUUUGUUUAUGAAAUAAAUAUGUAAUUGUUGUGUUAUUUGUCCACUUAUGUUCCCUUUAUCAAAUAUUAGGUUUUGGUUGAAGAUCUGAUAACAUUCAGUAUCACAAAUAUGCAAAAGUAGAGAAAAUUAGAAAGGGGGAAAAUACUUUUUCAUAGCACUGUAUAUCCUGAUCAUAUAGAUCUCACGCUCCUGUCUGCAUGUUCUCACCGCUCAACUAAAACCAUUUUAUAAGAAAACAAAUAGUUAUAGCUAUGUUCCACUAGUCAGCACAUUGCCUCAAACAUUCUCAAUAGAAAACUCAAACACACAACUCGGAAAGUAUUCAGACCAAUUGACUUUUUACACAUUUUGUUACUUUACAGCCUUGUUCUAAAAUUGAUUAAAUUGUCCCCCCCCCCCUCCAUCAAACUACACACAAAACCCCAUAAUGACAAAGCAAAAACGUGUUUUUAGACAUUUUUGCAAAAGUAAAAAAAAAAAAAAAUGGAAAUAUCACAUUUACAUAAGUAUUCAGACCCUUUACUCAGUAGUUUGUUGAAGCAGCUUUGGCAGCCAAUACAGCCUCGGCACACCUGUAUUUGGGGAGUUUCUCCCAUUCUUCUCUGCAGAUCCUCUCAAGCUCUGUCAGGUUGGAUGGGGAGCGUCGCUGCACAGCUAUUUUCAGGUUUCUCCAGAGAUGUUCGAUAGGGUUCAAGUCCAGGCUCUGGCUAGGCCACUCGAGGACAUUCAGAGACUUGUCCCGAAGCCACUCCUGCAUUGUCUUGGCUGUGUGCUUAGGGUCGUUGUCCUGUUGGAAGGUGAACCUUCGCCCCAGUCUGAGGUCCUUAGUGCUCUGGAGCAGGUUUUCAUCAAGGAUCUCUCUGUACUUUUCUCAGUUCGUCUUUCCCUCAAUCCUGACUAGUCUCCCAGUCCCUGCCGUUGAAAAACAUCUCCACAGCAAAAUGCUGCAACCACCAUACUUCACCGUAGGGAUGGUAUCAGGUUUCCUCCAGAUGUGACACUUGGCAUUCAGGCCAAAGAGUUCAGUUUUGGUUUCAUCAGACCAGAGAAUCUUGUUUCUCAUGGUCUGAGAGUCCUUUAGGUGCCUUUUGGCAAACUUUUACUGAGGAGUGGCUUCCGGCUGGCCACUCUACCAUAAAGGCCUGAUUGGUGGAGUGCUGCAGAGAUGGUUGUCCUUCUGGAAGGUUCUCCCAUCUCCACAGAGGAACUCUGGAGCUCUGUCAGAGUGACCAUCAGGUUCUUGGUCACCUCCCUGACCAUGGCCCUUCUCCUCUGAUUGCUCAAUUUGGCCGGGCGGCCAGCUCUAGGAAGGGUCUUGGUGGUUCCAAACUUCUUCAUUUUAAGAAUGAAGGAGGCCACUGUGUUCUUGGGAACCUUCAAUGCUGCAGAAACUUUUUGGUACCCUUCCCCAGAUCUGUGCCUCGACACAAUCCUGUCUCGGAGCUCUACGGACAAUUUCUUCGACCUCAUGGCUUGGUUUUUGCUCUGACAUGCACUGUCAACUGUGGGACCUUAUAUAGACAGGUGUGUGCCUUUCCAAAUCAUGUCCAAUCAAUUGAAUUUACCACAGGUGGACUCCAAUCAAGUUGUGGAAACAUCUCAAGGAUGAUUAUUAUAUUAUGAUCAAUGGAAACAGGAUGCACCUGAGCUCAAUUUCGAGUCUCAUAGCAAAGGGUCUGAAUACUUACGUAAAUAAGGUAUUUCUGUUUUUAAUUUUUAAUACAUUUGCUAAAAAUUCUAAAAACCUGUUUUUGCUUAGUCAUUAUGGACUAUUGUGUGUAGAUUAAUUUAUUAUUUAAUCCAUUUUAGAAUAAGGCUGUAAAGUAACAAAAUGUGGAAAAAGUCAAGGGGUCUGAAUACUUUAUGAAUGCACUCUACAUGCAUGGGCGGCACACACAGACACAAUAUAUGCACUGUAUAUUGUUUGGAAAAGUUAAGAAGAAAAUUGUCUUUCUUUUUUUCAAUAUAUACCUGGUCUUUUUUCUUCUCGUUCUUAUGUUUUAUGGUGCUGGUGAGAUAAUGUUUAUACGCAUGUCACAUGUUUAUACGCAUGUCACAUGUUUAUACGCAUGUCACAUGUUUAUACAUACACAGGUGUUGUGAUUAUACUGUACCAUAGUGGAUGUUUUAUUAGCAGAGGGGUUGCUCAGUCUGAAUAGCUACGUGGUAGGGGCUUUGUUUACAGUAAGGGGGACAUGGACAAGGUCAAAAGCAUUAAAAGCACUGUUCAAAUUCGUCCCACUGCCACCUGCUGGAGAUCGUUGACAACUACGUCUCAGAGAUCACAUUUGUCAAGAGACAGAUCAGGAUUCCUGUCUGACUCUGGCCUAAUUUACAUAACAUUAUCCUGAGCCAGCCCAGAACUAAUGUAGAAUCUCUCUAUUCCUUCUAUUUUCUCUCCCCAUCCCUCCGUCUUUCACAAUCAGAGGAAGGUUUUUUGCACACCCCAACCUCCCAGCAGCCUUCACCUGCUCUCUCCCGAAAUAUGUCAUUCACUUCCAACCAUGACUUCAUGGCCUAUGGUAACAGCAGAGUGGAGAUGCCCAGUCAGAUGGAACCCAACCAUCCAAUGGACUACCUCUUCCUCUCACAGUGUGAGACAGGGAGGUUCAGCAUCUUUAGGUAUGUAGUCUAUACCUCUCAAACCUCAAACUGGACACCAUAUCCACACGUUGUUUUAAUGACGAUAAACGAUAAGCAAUGUAUUUUCCUUUUUCUUUCUGUUAUGAGAAUUAUUUAACAAACUAUUUCAGUGUCUCUGUGCAUCUCCCAAAAGGUUGUAAUGCCUUUGGAUCAAGAAACGGACAGAGUCCCAGUCUGCAUAGUCAGAGAUGUUUAUUCAUUGAGAAUUCUGUCACAAAAUGGUCGUACAAUAUUUUUAUACGCACACGUCAUACGAAAAUCCCACCCCUCUGUAGGCGGGCUGUCGUUUUCCACUUUAAAACUGCUCUCCUGACCAUCAGUUCACACACACACACACAUACACACACACACACACACACACACAUACAUACACACACAUACACAUUUUCUUAUCAUAGUCUCUCUCCUCCCUAAAUUGGGAGGCCUCUUUAUCUUGGUUUCUCAGUUGCCUGUAGACAGUUCUCCUUGUCCACAUUGCUAAAUAGUAGCACAAUGUCAUAAUCUUUACUGGUCCUACACUCACACAUUACCAGGUAGUAGAUUCUAACACAUCUCACACAGUUUCUGAGUAUAAUAAUUAGUCACUACUAAGAAAGUACUAAUCAUACUUAAAACAAGAACAUUUCACAACUAUAUUUAAGGGUGGAACAUUUAGUCAUUACUUUUAACCUGUAUAUAUUUUAAUUUCUAUAUCACUUUCUUUUAUAGAUGCGACAGCUAUUCAAACUCUGAGCGAUCUCUGGAACAGAAUUCAUCAGAUGCUACUACAGAAGAUGUCUUCUCUUCACCUGAUCCUUCUCGGUCUCCCUUUCCCCACACUGGACCAUCUCUGUCCCCCUUCCCCCACAUAAGGACGCAUGACCCCCCUUUCAGCGCCCCAUGUGGCCCCACGUCAUCCUCUUCCUCUCCUCUUCCUCUCCACCGUGCACCCAACGUCUUCCAGUUUGACAAGCCAUAUUCUUCUGCCAUAUUGGAGGUAACCACUGAUGGACUAACUCCCCCUCCUCUGCCCCCCAAGCCUAUCCACCUCUCAGAGCACCUCAGUGAUGAGGGCUCCCAUAGGCCUCUGGGUGGGUUUGGGCAGUGGCUCACAGGCCAACCUGCACUCAUCCCCCGGAGGAUCUCUCUGUCAGGCCUGCCAGACCACUUUAGAAGAGGUACAGUAUAUAACCAGCAGAGUCCUUCAGUCUAGGCCCUUCAUACCUGGCUCCAUAUACUGGUAUAUGUAAUACGGUAUAUGUAAUAUAUACAGCACAACCGCCUUCAUCAGUGAUAUUUCUGUCUUAUCUAGAAGACAUUGAGGGGAGUGCACUGAGGAGCAGGAACAAAAGGCUCAGUCUUAAUUUGGUAAGUGCACAUGUACUUGCAAUUGAUGGGAACUGAUAGGCAUUUUCAAUACUACAAAAUGUUUUGGACAUAAUGUUGUUGGAUAGUUAAUAGCAGGUACUAAUUCUUAACUGUCAUUUUUUCCUUCUUGAAUGUCAAACAACAAUACAGGAUUUACAAGUGACUUUUCUACAUUAUUACAUUUACAUUUUACAUUUUAGUCAUUUAGCAGACGCUCUUAUCCAGAGCGACUUACAUAGGCCAUGGUCUACUACACGUUCCUAAGUUGGUCUGGUCUUGUUGUCUUUUUGCAGCCACGUUUCAUUGCCACUCAAAGUCCAAACUGCCAUGAGGACUCGUACGUGCCCAUGGCCUCUCCGCCUGUCUGUGUUGGUGAAGAUGUAUCGGACGGCUACAUCCCUAUGAGCCCCACUCCAAUCAGCUUCCUCAAGGUUAACGGCAAAACAGAGGCCCCUCUCGCUCCCACCCCCUUUCCCACUGCAGGUCUACCUGGGGAUCCAGAACCACCUCCAAUCAACAGGGAUCUCAAACCACGCAGGAGAGGUAAUGAGCAAAAAGGAAGUAAAAAGUAAUGUCUAAAGGGCUACAUAAUAUAUUCAAUCCUCUUACUCAGUAGAGGAAGCACAAAAAAUAUUUUUUGCUGAAAAGCAAAUUGAAUAAGGUUUUACAUUCUAUUGAAUCUUGUGACUCUCACAAGACCCAAUAUUGGAUACAUGUAGUCUGUGAAAGUCUCCUUUUGGGACAGUAUGUGCAGCAUGACUCUUUUUGAAAUGUUGAUAUUUCAACACAAAUGGUUUUGUUGGGAGAAAAGUAGACCUGAUCAUUAUUGUCCAAUAUAGAAUUUGAGGGUUGCUUGCCUCACCUCACCAUGUUGUUUCUCUGGUUCGCAGCCCGGCCUCCACCACUGGACCUGAGGGGCCUGUCCACUAUAAGAGAAUGUCCAACUCAUAUGCCUUUGAUCAGAACCAUGACAGAGCCAGGGUGAGUCAGAUAUAACUCUCUCCAUCCUGAACUCUCAUCUCUCUUUCUGUCCAAAUUCUAAAAUGAAAAAAAGGAAGACAAACUGGAUUAAUUUGUUUGUGUGUGUUUGUGUGUUUGUUUGUGUUGUUCCCAGAAAUUCACUGCAAGUCCUUCUGGAGAGAAGACAAGGACAGCUGGGAAUUAAAGAAGACCAAGAAGCCAGCAGCAUUCCAAUAGUAAAGUUACCUUCUAUAUUGACAUCACAAAUAGUUUCCACAAUCUACAGAGAGAAAAAAAGUACCCCAGUCACUUUAUAGGUAGACUGCUUUCCUCCACUGCCAUGAAUAAUUCAGCUGUUGUGUCUAAACUCUGAGUUCCAAACUGCCUAAAGCAAAGGAAUAAAGGUUUGAGCAUCACAAUUAUUAAUUCAUGUUUGGGGUACCAAUAAAGGCUUAAAAUAUUACAAUUGAUCUUCACCUGAAACUAGCAAUACAAAUGGAAAGUGUUCAGUGUUGGUGAACCAUAUGACAUAACAUAUUCAGAGACGAAUGUGAAGUGAGUCUCAUUGUAAGUGAGAUUACUUUAAUUUCAGGAGUCAAGGCAGCUGUUAUUCUCAACAAACGAGGGAGCCACCCAGCCGUGGUUUAGGAGAUCAAACCUUGACUACCUUUCACUGGAUUUCAAUUCCGCAUCCCCGUCUCCUGUGCAAAAGGUAAGCUUGAUUGAAUAAAUAGAGGUCAAAUGGUGGGAAUGGGUUUGUCUCCAAAGCAAGACAUGGAAUCAAUUCAACCAUUUAACGGCAUUAGAAGUGUCUGUCUUUCACUUUGAGCUGCCACUGGCAGCUUUAAAGGACUUCAAAUUACAGUCAUCAUCCACUGCAAUUCCUUCUGGUCAUUGUAAUGUGUGUAGGCAUAUCAAUUACUUUUUCAUUGGGAAAUCCCCUGUACAUUAAUACAACUUUGUCUCUGCAUGCUUAAUUGAUACACAUGAUAGUAGACAGAUUGGUGUCAUACAUUUUCAUUAUUGCUUUUAUAACCGAUCUAGGGGAAGAAUCUGACAUUUGUUGCUUUGCUCACUCUUAUCGUUCAAUCUCCAAUUGAAUGUGUAAUGCGCCUGUAUCUAGGCAACGGGUCCUUGGGCGACUCCUUAUCUGUAUUCUGUAUGUGACAUUUUCCAGAAGUGCCACUUUUGCAUUGACUCGUAUGUUAGAAAUCAAGCCAAAUUAUUGCUCUCUCACCAUCUGAGCAGGGGUGCAGAAUAGGUUUUCAUUUAAAUAGUAUUUGAAACACACAUACUGGUCAGACCUUAAAACAAUGAACAACAUACAUGCAUUGUAUGUAUCAUUUUAUUUGUUUGGUUUUAUUGCCCCAUCUUCCAUCUGGAUUCAAUAGCCCAGAUGUAAACAAUACAUUACAUUGUGGAUUUGGCUCAAAUUCAAGCAAAUGUGUGAUAAGAAUGAAAUAGCACUUGCAGGGUGUAGCUCUGUCCAUUUCCAUGGUAAUGAAUCAGGCAGCUGCAUACUGUGAGACAAUAAUGUCAGUGACUCAUUGUUUUGGUGACAAGUCAUUCACUCUCAAUCUGCAAAAAGACAUAGCGAAAGGAAUACUAAUGCUUUCCUUCAGGCUGAAGCAUAGAGAGGACAUAUUACAUGCAACUAUAAGACUGUAUAAUAGCCACUGAAUAACUGACAAAACAGCAUCAAUUUAAAAUAGUUUUCCACUCUAUGGAAAGGGAAGAAAGGUCAUCUAUGUUCCUUUAAAUUUGAGUCAUUUAGCAGAUGCUCUUAUCCAGAGCGACUUACAGUGAGUGCAUACAUUUUAGUACUUUUUCAUACUGGUCCCCGUGGGAAUCAAACCCACAAACCUACCAUUCAAAGUGCCAUGCUCUACCAACUGAGCCGUACAGGACCCCAAAUGUAAGACUGGUAGUUCUAUUCUGGAUACAGGUUUUGAUUGAAUAAUGUCAUCACCUUAGUUUACUGUACACCAACUCUGCUGGGAUGUCUUCCAGAAGCCCCUCCUUGCUGAUGAACACAGGGUGGACUAUGUGCAGGUGGAUGAGAAGAAGACUCAGGCCCUGCAGAACACUAAGAUGGAGUGGAAGGAUGUCCGGCAGUCUAAAGUGUAAAUCAGGUGGGAAAAAACAUAAUGACUUUCCAUUUCAUAAAACAAGCGGAGCAUAUGACAUUUGUCAUAAGAGAUGGUAGCUUACCUCAAAGAGAGCAGUUCUUCUUUCAUGUACAAAAUAAAAGCACUUUGAAAUGCAUCAGAUAUAAACAUCUAUGAGAGAAGAAAGUAGACGGUGCUGUCAAAGACAGUUUAAAUCACUGGUUUGUAGUUUGGGGGCAUCAAAAUUCACUGUACAAAUAUCACAUCAAAGUUACACUGUGAAUGUCACCUUACCAUGCACUGUGUCACAGUACUGUUUUUGUAUUAAAUGUUACGCAAUGAAAAGGACACUGCUCAUCUCUCAUUAUUUUGCUGAAACAGAUUGUAUGUAUUCUCAAUACACAGGAAUUCAAGGAUGCUGUUUUUAGAUGAACAAUGGUCUGCGUAUGAGAGCAUCUUAAACCAAAUGAUCAGGUGUCUACAGUGCCUUGCAAAAGUAUUCAUCCC